UGUUAUUGCUUUCGCUUGCAAAAUUUUUCGUUAAGCGACCGGAACUCACAUAGCGAGCGGAGAAGUGGCGAAUUGAUGAUAUUUCGUAGAACUCAACCGAAAUACGUACAGUUAAAGCUGAUCUCCGAUGUGGAGAAAUACCAAAUCCAAUUGCAUGCGCUUUCGAGCAGAAAAUUUGAAUUCUGUUAUAUAUAAGCUUACUCUUUUAGUACUGAGUAGUAUCACACUUUCCGGCCGAUACCGCAAAUAAAACUUGGUAUCGAUACCACAGAGCAAGUCUUGAGUUUCGAACCCUAUCAGCUGCUCCCCGGCAGGACUGCCAGCAUUUUUAUUUUUUAUCCGAAUUUUUUCAGCGGCUGAAAAUGCACCCGAAAGUAACGGCAUAGCAAAUCUAAUUUCUAUUAAAAUUCGUAUAUAUAUUUUUAAAUUAAUUUACUGAAAUAUUUUUUAAAAUUAUGGAUACAGAAUGUGAAGAGCCACAAUCGUCACAGGCAGUCACCGUACCUACCGAACUUUUGCGUGAAAAAGUUAGAAUAUUUUCACAACGGCACCGGGAGCUGCAACGUGCCAAGUCCAACGAUGCCUUGCGAUUUGGUUUGGGCGAGAUAAACAAAAAAGUGGAGGAGCUAGACAAUCUUACGGAAAAGGAUGUAAACGGUUUGAUAACGCGAAUAAAACGGCGCAAACAUGCAUCGGUAGAGGAUAUGUAUCGCUUGAAUCAUGCAUUCCUACAAAGUAUGGACCAUAUCAAGCUGUUCGCCAAGGCGCCCGGAGCACUGCACGUCAUUGUUAAAGAGCUGACUGGUAUCGACUCCGAACGUCAAAUUGGCGCAGUGGAAUGUCUUUGCAAUCUAUCACUUGGCGAAGCGCCAGUUUGUGACAAAAUCGGAAAUAUGGCUGGUAGUUAUUUAGUUACUUAUCUCGAUAGCAUUGAUGAACGUUUAAAGCGUACAUCACUUUGGACAAUUGCUAACAUAAUCUCCACAAGCCAGAAAGCCUCGGAAACCUUGGUGCAGAUGGAAAUAGUGCCCAAGUUAUGGCGUCUAUAUGUGGAUGACAGCGGCGAUAAGGAUCCUACAGCUGAUUUCAGAGAAGACGCAGCUAUUUGUUUGCAGUUGCUUGUUGUGCACAAUCAGCGCGUAUUGAGAGCUGAAGAUCUGCUCUUCAUAAACGAACACAUGUGUAAAAAAAAACGUAGCAGCGCUGCAGGCGAAUAUCAUUUGCAGAUAUUAUUUCAUACCGAAAUUGUUAAUCCGAUUAUGGAAUUAAGUAUGGAACACACCAACUAUUUAAUCGAAUUCAUUUUGGGUAAUUUGUGUAACACAGAAGAUUUUUUAAACAUCAGCAAUCGUCUAAGAAUUCUUUAUGGUGUUCGCCUUUUAGCGAAUAUAUUAGCAUGUCAGCCACAUGCGCUCGGUGUGUUGAUGCAACAAAUUAGAGUUGUCUGGAAUACGAGCUUAGAAAAUAUUUUAAAUAAAAUUUUUGAAUUUGGGGAAAAGGAGCUGACGGUAGAAACGAUAUAUCUAUUGAGACACUUGGUGCCACAACAAGAAGAGGUUGGACAGCAACUGCCUUGCAAAUUAGAAAAUCUUCGAAUUCCUAAAUUUGAUGGCUACGAAAAACUACUACAUAAAUGUUAGGGGCGUGUGAAUUUAAAAUAGAAGUUUGAAUAUCUUUUUAAAUAAAUAUUUCGCAAAAGGA